AAGAAAGUUUUCUCUAGCUGACAAAGUUGCAUCCAAUUAUCUACUGCUGUUGAAUAUAAUACAUUAAACAAACCUUGUAACAUAUACGAUAUAUUAUUCCUAUUUUUAACUAUUGGUACAUAAUUUCGUUUAAUAUAUAAAUUACUUUCAUUUGUCUUCAGUAAAUAUAAACAUUAAUCAUACAUAUCUAACACAACAGAAGAAUCGAAACGAAAACGAGAAUCUGACAUGCAAUAGACAAAUUCAUCGUAUGAUAUUUAAAUAAACUAAAGUAACUAGUGAAAUUUAUUUAAUUACACUGUAAUUAAAAACAUAUGUAAAUAAAAUCCAUUAAACUUAUAUAAAUGCGAAGUGACACGUAUACUGCUAGAUACGAUACUGCAAUACCAAUCUCAUCUCCAUAGAAAAUAUCCCUAGGAAUCGAAAGAUCAGUCGGUGCAAGUGGUAAUAUAUCGGUUUUGUUUACCCCCUCCUCUACGUUCGUUGCUCUGUGUUCCGUUUGGCAUAUUCCACUGUCGAGUUGUGAAGUAACGAAGCGGUUUCGCCGAAUGUGUCGCAUCGUGUGCGUGUUCCGUCAUGCUUCUGAAUGAGUUUACUGUCGAUUAAGUGCCUAAAGACGAAAGAAUGUAUCACGUUUGUUGAUAUUAGAGUGGCUAGUGCUACGAUGUCGAAUGGUGCACAAUGACACGCCCGUGAAAAACGAUAACAGAGCCUAUCAUUUGAUUGACCAAAGAGACAAUUGAGAAAAGCGCAAUACGCGAAAAGGAGCCCUGCUUUGUGUAUUCCCAGUGUGACAUUCGUUGAAAUAAAAACCAUGCUUCAGCCAAGAGCUACAUACGUCAGGCGGUAAAGAAGAUGUUUUCUUAAUGUCGAAAUGAAUUUUGAUGCUAGACAAUUUGUUAUUUUCUUCAAAAUAAAUAUUUUUGCAAAAGGAAUGGCUAAUUUGAUGAUAACUACGUCAAGUAAGAAUAGUUCACGCAGUACAUCACCUAACAGAGGAAAUACAUUGACCUCACCUCAGCAAUUUUCAGCUACUUUGGAACAUAUUUCAAAAGCACGUAAUGCUUCACUUUCCCAAACAGGGGAGGGUAGUACAGGCAGUGGAAGUAGUGGUGGUGGAGGCAGCUUCAGCAUGAAAGGUAGUAGGCAAAAAUCACCAGGAACUGUGAUUCGAGUAGAUGCUAUGGAUGAACCAAAUACCAAUUUAAUCACUGCCGAACAAGACGAGUUUGUGCCAAAUAUUCACCUACCAGCCGAUGAUGAAGGAGAACAAUAUCAUGCAACACAAUCGUUCCUAUCAAAUGGCUCCUCUGAAUUAAUAACUGAUGAUGUUGACUCUAACUCUGCUCGUGUUUGUCAAGCUAUUGAGCAUAUCCAAAGUAAAAUUGCUAAAACACGAGAACUUAUAAGAAUAGAACAAACCACACGUGAUGAAAAUGUAAAUGAAUAUCUAAAAUUAGCUGCCAAUGCAGACAAGCAACAGCUUACUCGAAUCAAAGCAGUAUUUGAAAAGAAAAAUCAAAAAUCAGCGCACAGUAUUUCUCAGCUCCAAAAAAAAUUGGAUAGUUACACAAAAAAAUUAAAACAUUAUGAAUUAAAUGGUGCACCUACAAGUCACAGACAACCCAGAGAAGUGCUUCGGGAUAUGGGACAAGGACUUAAAAACGUGGGUGGCAAUAUUAGGGUUGGAAUCAGUGGUUUUUCAGGAAGUGUAAUGUCCAAACCAAGAGAAUUUGCACAUUUAAUAAAAAACAAAUUUGGAAGUGCAGAUAACAUAAAUACUUUAUCUCAUGGCUCAACUUUUUAUGUAAACGAUACACCGCGUGCAGGUAAUGGAGAUAACGCUAGUGUUGAAGAUGAAAAGGCUCAUCAUGGAUCAGCGACGCUGCCUGGUGGUUGUAGUUUGGGAUCAACUCAUAGUGCUGCGGCAAUGAAAUUUCCAUCCGAAGAAGGAUCCGAAUGCUCUAGUGUUACAAGUGAAAGCGGACCUGGUAGUAGGGGACAAGCACACACAUGUCACAGUAGUAAUAAUGCUGCACUUAGUCUUAAAUCUAUUUUCUCAGAACUACAAGAACAUAGAGAGAAUUUGGAGAGAAUGAAAGAUAAAUUAGAAGGUUUGAAGAGUUUGCAACAAGAAGUGACAUAUCUUUCCCAUGCUUUGCAAGAGGAACGUUUUAGAUGCGAGCGUCUGGAAGAACAAAUUAAUGAUUUAACCGAACUGCACCAAAAUGAAGUAGAAAACUUGAAACAAACUAUAACAGAUAUGGAAGAAAAAGUGCAAUAUCAAAGUGAAGAUCGAUUAAGGGACAUACACGAAAUGUUGGAAAGUUGCCAAACUAAAAUUUGUAAAAUGGAACAUCAACAACAACAACAUCAACAAUAUGUCACUUUAGAGGGUCUGGAUAAUAGCAAUGCAAGAGCGUUGGUUGUAAAGCUCAUAAAUGUAGUAUUAACUGUGUUGCAAGUUAUUCUACUUCUUGUUGCAACAGGUGCUGGUAUAAUGAUGCCUUUCCUUAGGACCAGUUGUACUAAGCCUCAUUGUUUCAUGUGCAGGGUGCGCAUAUUAACAACUACGUUUGUUGUAUUGGGCAUAGUAUUUGUGCUCAAACAAUGGCCUGAGGUUCACGACGUCGGCAGUCACCUCAUGCGCCAUCUUAAACAGACUCUCGCCGUUAAGUAGCAUCGGUGGUAUACUUAAAUUUACCAUACCCUGUGAUGAAGAAAAAUUGUACACAAUGAUCAACAUUUUGGACCCAUUUAUCAGUGCUGUAGUUUUGGAGCAAUAAUAGUAGGUAUAUGCGUAAAUGACUUCAUUUAUAUUUUAAAUUUGAUCAUGUUCACCACUAUUAUAUUGAAUCAAACGAGUGAUUAAAUCUAUUUGAUACUGUUAAUAGAAUUACAAUACACAAAACAUUUUUUGCCGUGCAAAAGUGUUUCACUUAGGAAGAAGAGAUUUAGUAGAAAUAAUAAACAUAAAAAUGUCUUUUGUCCCUUAUGCAAAUGUUAUAAAUUUAUUUCGCGAUAUUUUUAUCUUUAUUUGACUAAUUUUGCUAAAAAAUGAUACAUAUUGAUUAUAAUUUAUAAAAAAAUAAAAAUUUCCAUGAAAUAUGAAAAAGGCAGUAAAUAUAUAACGCUGUACACUGAUAUUGCUUGAUUACAUACGGCACAUUGUUAGAAGAAUUUACUCUAAUGUCAUGCGAUUAAGUUCACUUUUACACGAAUCAUUGAUUAGCAUGAAAUUUAAACAAAAAAAAAAAAAAAAAAAUUGAACAAGCGAAAGUACUGAUUAAAAGAUAGAAAAGAAAAUUGUUCUAUCAUUAGUGUCUGUGGGAGGUGUUACCACCAUUUUCGGAAUUAUAGUUCGUACAUUUGAUAUUCUAGUAAAUUUAAAUUUGUGUAAAUUUAUCAAAAUGCACAUUUUGAAAUAAAAUAUUUAUAAUUACAAUCGUCCAAUUGCUAAACAAUGAUAUAAAUUAAGAAAGCAAGAGAACACUUAAAUAACUGUAGAUAUUCUUCAUGUCAAAAUGUAUAAAAUAUGUGAUAUAUUCCUUAGUGUUGGCAAUGAGGUGGGGUAAUUUGAUCCUUAUAUGUAAGUUAUAAAUUAUACAUUCAUGAGAAUACAAAAAUGUAAAAGUGAAUAGAAAUACUUUUAGAACACUUAACAUCAAAAGAGGACCAACAUGUUUCAUUCCUCUUAUUCUACAUAUAACGUUAAUUUGUUUUACAUACGACGUAAAAAAAAUACACCUUUUGAAAUAAAUAGCAUUAACUGUUAUUUGUACUCUCACGAAUGUUUCAAACCACCACAGACACAAGAAUGCAUACAUAUUAUAUUGAAUAUAAAGAAAUGAACCAUGACAGAUGUUGAAAUGAGAGAAAGACUGAUGGACUACAUCGCUGUUACAAUUGUGAGUAAUUUAAUAUUUGUGGCAAUUUUGUGUUGCUAUUAAUUAAAAAAAACGUUAAAAAAGUAAAAUGAUUGAGAACAAAUUUUUUUUAAAGUGCAACGGUAAUUAUAAAAUGGUACAAUUAUACAAAAAGAGAUAAUUCUUAAAUUAAUAUAGGUGCUCAAAUCUGUGAGUGUAUAAAAUAUUUUGGUCUACAUAAUUUUUUGAUUCUAUUAUCGCUACUUAAUGACGAAAUGUCAUUUAUUUCACUAGUUUCCUAAUUUUCAUCUUUCUGCAAGCACAGUAUCACAAAAUAUAAAGUUUCAUAGCCUAAUAUUAUUUUGUGAAUAUGUGACAAGUAAAGAAAGAAAUUAUUUUUCGGUAAUUAUAAUCUUUUUUAUUGCUUAAUACGUAAAAUUCUCUUUAUGUUUUAUAUAAAUGCAUAGUUUCUAAUUUGUAUUAAGUUCAUGCAUUAGGACUUUUGUUAUUUGUUGGAUUAUGUACUGUUAUCGUUUCGUUGACCUUGAUAAGAUACGAGAAAUUGUUUUUAAUUGACAAACAAAAUCUGUAAAUAAAAUAAUGUUUAUGUAGCAAUGUAUUUUCUUUUUUUUCGAGCCUGUUAUUCGUGAGUACAACAUCAAAUUUCCGAACUUCUUUAUUUAACGCCAUAGUUCUUUGAACUGCUAUUUAUAUAUGUAUUAUUAUCGCACCUCGUAUUUUAUUGUUAUAAUCACUGCUUUUGUAAUAUUUGUUCAACACAAUUUUUAUAGCUUUUAUAUAUGUUCAAUGCGAAUACUGCCAAAAAAUUUAACAUGGAAGAAAUUGAUAAUUUACGAGGGAUGUAAAAAUCAAAUUAAUUAAAAUUUUAUGUUUAUAUUAAAAACCGAAAGGGUAAGGAAGUUUGAUCGUGUAUUUAUAACUGGAUCAGGCAAAAUUUUGUAUUUUAACGGACUGCGUAUAUUUUUUUUCUUCAGAUUCAUUUUCUUUACAAUUGUAUUAUAAAAAUUUAUUCAAUUAAAUUUAUUCAUAAUUAUAAUAAUGUUUCCUUCGAAUAAUCCUCUUGCGUUCCUAAAAAUAAUCGUUUCUUAUGUCUAUAAAUUUAUAAAUACGUCGCUGUGACUAUACUAAGUUUACAUAUAAACGUAAAAGUUAAAAAUCAGUUUUGGGAUCAAUAUAAUUAUAUAUACAAAAUUAUAAAACAAUUUUGUGUCUCUAUAUUCUUGUACUAACUCUACAUUUGCAAAAAGGAGUAAACAAUUGCAACAAUGAUACAUUACUGAUAUAUUAAGUCUAUUGGAUUCGAUAUUAUAUUGGUUCUGCAAAAAGAUUUCUAAUUUUUUACGUUGUUUAAAUCAGAUUUUGACUAAAAAUAUAUGUUUGUUAUUGUAUAAGUGACAACUAGACAAAAUAUAUAGGGUGUUAGUGCGCUUAUAUAUUACUAUAAUUACCACUAUUGCGUAAAUUUUCUUUCGAAGAUUGUAUGCUACUUAUUGUUAAUUAUCAAUAUUUAUCUUUAUAGUAAAAAGUUCUACCUAUAUGGAUAAGCAAACGAUCGAGAAACAUAAAGUGCAAGAAUUGUACGUCCGAUUAUUCCCUGUUUGUAGUUUCGUAUUCAGUAAACGACACCCUAUAUGUAUUGUAUAGCUUUAGAUCGUGGUGCUUUGUAAGAUACAUAUAUAAUCCAAUAUUAGAGAACUUGUUGAUAUCAUCGACCACUGAUUUAACGAGGGCCCCUACCUGCACGCUUAAUAAGGACAUUUACAUAAUAAUGUGUGGACGUAGCAGAAAAAAGAAGCGAUUAAAUUAAUACAAAAGAAAGAAAAACUAAGGAAAGAAAUUAUAAAUAUUUGUAUAAAUAAAAAAUUGCACACAUGUCAAACAACGACGGACGUAUUUUGUAUCUUACAAUGUUACAUUUUUCUAUGAGUUUUUCUUUUUACCGCGGCUAUUUACAAUUUUAUAUGUAUUUUGUAUCAAAAAGCUUCAUGGGGGAUCGUAAAGCAUAUGCUUAAAUAAGUUGCGUAAAAUGUUAAUGUAAUCCUGGAACUUGAUAAUCGUUACUCACACUUCCCAUAAUUUUAGGGGCCCCCUAUAUAGUUAUAGUAUAGAAAGGAAAGAAAUAACGAAACAAAUAUAUUGUCAUCGAUGCCUUGCAUAGGUAGUUAAUGUCAAAUUAUAGAUUAAAUAUUUGUUGUCAAUUGUAGGACGAUGUAGGAAAUAGGAACAGCGAUUGUAAUGGAAAUUGUUAACACGCUAGACACAUACACAUGCAUAUAUAUGUAUAUUAUGCAUACACACGAGUGUACGUAUGUAAUAGCUGCAUAACAGGUCAGUGUAAUAAUGUAGUUAAAGACAAAAAUAAGUUUAUGUCCAUUUAAAAAAAAGAUAGACAUACGCGCGUAAUGCUCGUAUUAUGUUAUUGCUGCUAAAUUUUAAGCCCAAUAUCAAUUUAGCAGCUCUUGUCAUUAAUAUUAUUAUUUAAUACCGUUUCGAAAUAAAAAGAAUUUUUAAUAAAA